AUGAAGGUGGCAUUGGGCCGUGUAUGGAGAGUUUGCAGUGUGUGGCUGUUGUUGACCGUGACCCUGACCCUGGGCUGUGAGAGGCUGCAGUUACUUCAAGUUCUCAACACAGAGACUCUGGGCAAAUCGAGUGAAAUGGGUGGCCCAUUUCUGUGGCACUGUGUGACAGAAAGGCUCUCUCUGAAAUCCAAGCCCCUGAAGCUGGUGAAGCGCAUAGAGACCCAAGAGGGAAUCAAUAUUGUCCAUCAAACAUUGCAACAAAUUACCAAAGUCUACAGCAUGAACUUGGAUUCAGUCACAUGGUCUAGGAACAAAGUAGAACACUUCAGACUUCUUCUGGAUCGGCAACUCAGCAAGCUGGAAGCAUGUAUAAGAAAACCAAGCUCAAAAUCCAGGUCAAAAGGAAAGGGCAAAAUUAGGAAAUACUUCAAGAAGCUGAGAACGUUUCUCAAACAGAAGCAAUUUAAUACAUGUGCCUGGGAAAUAACCAAAGCUGAGACCAGAAGCCAUUUACAGCAGCUUCUUUUCAUUCAAGCAAAAAUCAGCAGGAACAACUGA